UUUGGAAUCAACUAAUUAAAAAUAAAUUUGUAUCCAAUUAUUUGAUUACGCGAUGGGGUAAUGUAGUAAAAAUAUUUGAUACUAACAGGCCAAGUGUGUACAAUUAUAAGUAUUGUAUGUAUAAAACAUUUAUUUUCAAUUAUACAAUGAUUACAGAGGGACCUUCAAAAUGGAACACAGUCUGUUGUUUGACACCUAAAAUGUUCUCAUUUUAUUCAUUUAGUCCUCCGUAGGAAAUAAUACAAACAAGAACCAUUAGCACUCACGCUCACACCUACUGACAAUUUAGAGACUCUAAUUAAUUUACCAUGUAUUUUUUGGGGGGACGCAGGAGGAGACCAUGCAAACGCGACACGGGCAAGGCCGAAUUUGAAACAUGGUCGACAAAAUUGUGAGGCAGAUCUGCAGACCGGUUAUCCACCGCUCUGCUGCUUUGCAUACAAUGAAACUAAAAUAAAGUAACACUCCUCUAGCUCACCUUCUGAAGACAGUUAGUAGACAUGCAAACGAGAUGGAACACGAAAAGUGUAUUGUAUAUUAUGUUCCCCUCUAUUUGCUAAAAUUAAUGUGCGUUUGCAACAAAUCGCACACCAAGAGCGUGUGACUCGGCAUCCAUUCUCCUCGGAGUGAAAUGAACUCGGCGGCUCACGCACACAAAAAAAAAAACGCCGGCCGCCCUGUUUGUCCGAACCGAGGAGCAGAUGGCGGCGAAGAGGGCGCCCCGAUGUCAUGAGCGUCAUCAUCAUUAAUCUCUCUUAUGCACACACGUACGCACGUCCACACGCGUGGACCGAAGUGUAGGACGUGAUCACGAGCGACCAUUUGCGUCUUGCAUUUAAGGACACGCAUAAACAGAUGUAUGGCACGUUACACAGGGGAAUAUAGCUAGCACAUGAAUCAUAUUGAAGUCAUGAUUUAGGAGAAGGGAAAUGAGUAAUCAAUGCCUUCUGCUAACAAAACAUACAUUAUGCUAUUAUAUUAUAUUCAAUACCAUAUUUUCCUGUUAGCUACACAUUGUUAGCUGCUGUUCUAACCUCUUAGCCUGUCAUGCUGGCUCUGUACCUGCUAAAAACAAGUUACUAAAGUUGGGAGCAAAUUUGCAGGUUUACUUGUCAACCAACACCCACAUUUCCAAUAUUUGCACAGUAAUCAAUUCCAUAAUAAUGAUUUUGUGUACAGUUUUACUUUUCCAGAGGCAGAAUGUUAUCUGACGUUAGCGUUCCGAACUCUUGGCUUGUUGACCAAGCGUCAGAGCGGUUUCUACAAAUGAGUCGCAUUCUUUAAACUUUGUUUUGGUUUCCAGCAGAUAAACUAUGAAAAAUAAAAUGCAGGUUUUGUUCUUUUUUUGUCGCUCCCUGUAUAAUACUGGACAGUACAGUACACUAAUGCACUAUUGUACAUACUGUGACCCUCACUCCAGGACGGUAGAUGGCGCUAAUGCUGCUUUAAAAAAAUGACAAAACAGAAGAAGCCGGAAAUAUGAGUUUCAACCGCGAUGUACGAACUACCUUUUGAUUGAAUCACAUCAACAAAAAAAAAUGAGAUCUUCAUCACUUAACUGGUGGGAGAAAGCAAUGCACUAAAGGUGGCCAGUCUGACGGAAAUCAACAAGAGGAAGAAGUUAAAACGGUCGGUUUGGGAGACGAAAAUGGAGGAAAUCUUCAGGAAAGUUGUCCAAGUCAACAUAAGAUGUCGAGACUGUGACGAAAGAAAAGCACACAUCUGCGUCACCAUCGAGCUUGUGCCGAGAAAAAGCGCCGUUCACAAACAAGACCUCCAGGUGCGAUUAACUGAUGACAGCGAUCCGUUUUUCCUCUACAACCUCACACUGUCUGAGGACGACUUCCAAAGUUUGAAAGUCCAGCAAGGGCUAGUCUUUGAAUUCACCUCCUUCCCCAAGAAACUAAUUGAUCUUCUUCAUCAGUGUCAGUCUGAAGAGAAUUCCACCAAUCCCAGUUUCAAGUUGCUGCUGUCAUGUGACUCGGCCUCGCUGGACGGCCCCACCCACUUGAGCGUGGUACAGAUCAACUCCUUCAAGGAAAUUUACUUUCUAUCUUUGAGGUUCACGAAGAGCUCAGACAAGAACGUCAAGGACUAUCUGGCGGCCUGUCUAUCCUCUCUCAAGGACGAGAAAGAAGCCCUCCAGGUGAAACUGCAAAAGACGCAAGAGGAUCUCAGCAGUCAGCUCAGCAACGCUCAGCAGAUGCUGUCUGAGAAGAGCAAAGAGUUGAACCGUCUGCGUUCAGAAUGGGCCCACGAAUUGCAGUCCGAGCGGGAAAAGGCGGCUGAGCUGCAGAGUCGCCUGCAGCAGCAGAUGCAGCAACGCUGCCAGGAUCUGGAGAGCGAGCACAAGCGGGCCAGCCAGCAGAUGCAGAGCCGCCUGACCGAGCUGGAGACCACCUGCGGUGAGCUGGCCGACAUGAAGUACAAGAACGAGGCCGCCAUCGCGGAUCUCAAGUCCAAGCUUGCAUGUGUGGAGGAGGAGUGCCAGAGCGCCAAGCAGCUUUUGGCAUCACAGAGGCGCGAGAACAACUCUCUGGACGGGAUGCUGCAAGGCAAAGAGCGACUGGCCAUGCAGCUGCAGAGGCGCUUGGACGUCCUGGAGCAGGAAGUCAGGGACAAGAAGCAGCUGCUGAGCCAGACCAAGGAGAAACUGAAGGAAACGCAGCUGCAGAAGCAAACCAUCCAAGAGGAGGCUAAGGUCAAAGAAGAUCAAAUACAAAAACUUGAAGCUGAGCAGCUGAUUUUGUCUGAAGAUGUGAAGAAGGGCAACGAGAUCAUCAGGAAGUUUCAGUGGGACCUGGAAAACCGGAUGGGCAAGCUCCAAUUGCGGGACAAGGCGCUGGAGAAUCAGGAGAAGGUUCUGCAGGACACCGCUGGGAAACUGAAGAGAGCUCAGAAGGAGGCGCGGGAUGCUCGUCAGGAGCUCGGCGCCAAGGAUGAGAAGAUUUUGAAUCUGGAGGAGCAGCUGGAGUCCAGCGUGCAGAAGCUGGCUGAGUCCAAGGAAGCGUUGCAGAACAAGGAAAACGUGAUCAGCGUUCUGAACAGGCAGCUGACCAAGGAGUGGAUGUCCAAAAUGGAACCGAAGCCGACUGAGAAUGCGUCAGUGGGCCUGACGUCAACAGGACUUCGAGCACAUUUUAAUCCUCGCAUUUUAAAAGCUGCCGUGACGCCUGACGCCAUUCACGAUCAUGUGAACAGAACAAGUGAGGGUGCUGGUGGCCUGGAUUCCAAAUACUACGGGAGGAGUAACGACGGCAUCCCCGUUUUCGGUUUUCCCUCCCCAGUCAUCCCGACAGAGUUCCCAGCCGCACCCAGCAGAGCUCCCGUGGCUUCAGCGUACUUCCCCUGUUAAUUCUUCCGGUCUCGUGAACACGAUUCCGCGAAGAUCGGGACUUUUGAGGUGGCAGCCCCGUGUGACGAGAGCUCACCUCUCUUUUCUCUCGGUCUGCGUUUUUCCACCACCAGCUGCCCGAUCAGCUAAUCAUCAUCACUUGUGGUGACAUCAUGCAUAUUUUAGGAUCCCGACGCCCUCGGUACCGGACAAAGGAGGCCCAUCUCUCAUCUGCUUGAAAUGAUGUAUGGUGUAUUUUGAAUGGAGAAGAGGAUUUUUUUUCAUAGUUAUUUAUUAAUUAACAUUUUGUGUUUUGUGUCUAUAUUUUACGUUCUGUUUUGGGCACAUUACAUUGUAUGCUUCGUUGUGUAUGUCUAUUUUGCCUUGUUUUAUUCUGCUUUCUGCACAAAGGUAAACGUUGCAAAUGAGAA